CAAGACCAUUAUAAAAAACAUGCAUGCCAAGAUCAUAUCACUAUACCAUUGAGAAUAACUUCCUACAUUAAUCUUCCUAGUUCAAUCUGCAGAAAUGGCUCAAACCAGUUUCUGCCUUCUCGCCGCCGUCCUCCUCCUCCUCCUUCUGGUGGUUUUGGCCGAGGGCGGACCUCCUAAACCUAUGAAAGUGAAAUGCCAAGACAGGAAAUUCCCCAGUUGUUAUCACAAAGAUCUUUUCUGCCCAAUUACUUGCCCACGUACAUGUAUAGCUGACUGUGACUCAUGUCAACCUGUUUGUGUUGCACCACCACUUCCACCACCAAAACCUCGUUCACCUAAGAAAGUGAAAUGCCAAGACAAGAAAUUCCCUAGUUGUUAUCACAAAAGCUUUGCCUGCCCUACCAAUUGCGCACGUACAUGUGUAGCUGAUUGUGUCUCAUGUCAACCUGUUUGUCUUGUUCCAACACCACUUCCACCACUAUCCCCUCCAUUCACUCCCUCUCCUCCUCUUACCCCUAAUUACUCACCACCACCUCCACCACUAGCUCCGCCUCCUCCUCCUCCUACCCCUAACUCACCUCCACCACUAGCUCCACCAUUGGCUCCUCCUCCUCCUCCUCCUACCCCUAACUCACCACCACCGUCAGAUCAAGCUGCAGGUGGAAAGAGAGUUUAUUGCAAGAAUAAGUUGUACCCUCAGUGCUACCGUCAGGAGUAUCAAUGUCCUAGUGCUUGUCCGGAUACUUGUGAAGUUGACUGUGUCACUUGCAGCCCUGUUUGUAACUGCAACAGGGCAGGUGCUGUUUGCCAAGAUCCAAGAUUCGUAGGCGCUGAUGGACUUACAUUCUACUUCCAUGGCAAAAAAGAUGAUGAUUUUUGCUUAGUUACCGAUUCCAAUCUUCACAUUAAUGCUCGUUUCAUUGGUAGGAGAAACGAAAACAUGAAGAGAGACUUCACUUGGGUACAAUCUCUUGGAAUUCUCUUCAACAACCAUCAAAUAUUUAUUGGUGUCAAGAAAACAUCAACCUGGAACGAUGCAGUUGAUCGCCUAGACUUAGCCUUCGAUGGACAACAAAUAUUUCUUCCUGAUCGUGAAGGAGCCAAGUGGGAACCAAUGUCAGCUCAAGGAGUUUCCAUUUCAAGAACUCGCGAUACUAAUUCUGUGGUGAUUGAAGUGGAAGGGAAUUUCCAGAUAAAAGCUAGAGUGGUACCAAUUACUGAAACAGAUUCAAGAAUUCAUAAUUAUGGUAUCACAGAGGAAAACUGCUUUGCUCAUUUAGAUUUGAGCUUCAAGUUUUACUCAUUGAGUGGCAAGGUAAAUGGAGUUUUGGGACAGACUUAUGCAAGCAAUUAUGUAAGCAGGGUGAAAAUGGGAAGUGAAAUGCCUGUUUUGGGUGGGGAGAAAGAAUUUUCAUCCUCGGAUCUUUUCUCCACUGAUUGUGCUGUUUCAAGAUUCAGUGGCACUCAAAUUGAUGGCAGUAGUGAAGAAGAAUUUGACUAUGCUGACUUGAAGUGUGCAAGUGGUAUGGAUGGAAAAGGAGUUGUGUGCAAGAGAUGAAUAAUAUUGUCGUUAGCUUCAUUAUCCUUAUCAUUGUUGUUGUGCAACCACAAUAACUAAAGAUACCAAAUACUAUUACAUUAUUUUAAGGAAUAAGAUUAUGAUCUGUUGUAAUAAAGCUGCACUGAAUUAUAUAUACUCCCUCUGUUGUCGUCGUGUUUCCCUUUUACACACCCCUUAAGAAAUAUUAAUUAGGAAAGGAUUUGGACUAUUCUACUUUUA